AUGGUGGCUCCAAGUAGGAGCUCUUGUCGUGAUUUCUGCAAAUUUAUUGAGGACGCUGAUUUUAUUGAGUCGCCUUCGACUGGGCUUUUCUUUACCUGGUCUGGGCGUCGCUUUCUUCCCCGGCAUAUUGAAUCAAGAUUGGAUAGAGCCUUUUUCUCCUCUAGUUUCGCUGACAUGUGGUUUGAGAUUGUCACUCAUGCGUUGCCUAGACUGACUUUGGAUCAUUCGCCUUUAGUUCUUCAAUAUCGUGAGGUAGCUCAGCAGGGGAAGAGAUCGUUCAGGUUUCUUAACAUGUGGGUGAUGCACCCGGACUUCCACAACUUGGUCCAAAGUUCUUGGUCUGGUGAUAUGGACGUCAGGUGUCCUAUUUUCAAGGUUAUGGCGAAACUGAGAAAACUUCGAGCUGACCUCAAAACUUGGAAUCGAAAUGUGUUUGGCAAUGUAGAUGUUCAGAUUUUGGCUACUGAGACCGCGCUCAUGGAUGUUCAGCAGCGCAUAUCCCAGAAUGGUUACUCGGACUUGCUUUUUGAUGAAGAGAUUGAGGCCCAGGCGCGCUUAAACAUCAUUCUGGAAAGAAAGAACAGUUUAUUGCAUCAGAAAAGCAGAGCGAAGUGGCUGACAGAUGGGGACCGUAAUACUUCUUUUUUCCAUCGGCUUAUCAAAUUCAGGAAACCAAAGUAUCGUUUGGAUCACUUGCGUAUUGGGGAUCACUUUUCGAGUGAUAAAGAGGAUAUCAAAAAUCAUAUUAUUGAUUUCUUUUCUAAUCUCUUCAGGGAGGAGGGUCCGAGUAGAGAUGACCGGACCAUGUUGGAAGCGAUUAUUGAUCAUAGUGUCUCGGAGGAGCAAAACGCUAAUUUGAUACGGAUCCCUGAGGAUGAGGAGAUUAAGGUUUCCGUGUUUGGAAUGGAUGCUUCUAGCGCUCCUGGCCCGGAUUGGUUCUCAGGCUGCUUCUACCAGAGUUGUUGGAGUAUCAUCAACUCUAAUAUCUGUGUUGUUGUUCGUGCUUUCUUCAUGCAUUCUUAUCUCCCGGCCGGAUGUAAUGCCAGCACUCUGAUCUUGAUACCUAAGAAGGACCAUGUGGAUACGGUGACUGAUCUUCGCCCUAUCAUUCUUUCAAAUUUUUUCUUUAAAAUUAUCUCCAAGAUUUUGGUUACCAGAUUGAGUGCGGUGGCGGCGACCUGUGUUUCUCCUAAUCAGUUUGGCUUCAUCAGUGGCCGUUCGAUUCAUGAUUGCAUUGUGUUGGGCUCGGAGGGUUUUAAUUGCAUGAAUAGAACUGGUCGUCGCUCGAAUUUUGCUUGCAAGAUCGACAUUCGCAAAGCCUUUGAUACGAUGAAUUGGGGGUUCAUCUUGUGGAUAUCUGUGAUCUUUACUUCGGCUCGCAUAUCUAUUCUUUAUAAUGGGCAGUUGAAUGGCUACUUCGCGUGUUCCCGGGGCGUUCGGCAGGGAGAUCCCCUCUCUCCCAUAUUAUUUGGCAUUGCGGAGGAUGUUCUGAGCUUUCUUCUACUGAACUGUGUGCAGUCGCGGCAUCUGGUGCCGAUGGAUUUCUGCCGAGGAUAUCACUUUCCCACUCAUCUUCUAUAUGCUGAUGAUAUCCUCAUUUUCUGCAAAGCUUCGGUUAAAAACGCCCAAAAGAUCAAAGAAAUUUUGAAUCUUUAUGGAGAGUUGUCGGGCCAGAUCUGCAAUCAGUCUAAGUCUCAUGUUUUCUUCUCCUCCAAAGUUGCGAUUUCCAUGAGAAACAACAUUAAGAGGGAACUUGGGUUUGCCAUUGGAUGUUUGCCAGUUACGUAUCUUGGAGUUCCUUUGUUCACGGGUCGGAUUCGUGCGUCAUAUUUUAUGCAUAUUUAUGACAAAAUCGUCAACAAAUUCGCCAGCUGGAAAGGGCGGCACCUCUCUAUGGCAGGACGUCUCUGCUUGGUUCGUUCUGUGAUUCAAAGCUCGGUUACUCAUUCCAUGAUGAUCUAUAGAUGGCCGAAAUCUCUUAUUUAUAAAUUGGACAAGAAGUGUCGCAACUUCAUUUGGAUUGGGAAUGUGGACUCUAAGCCAACCUGCCCGGUGAACUGGAAUCGAAUUUGUGCCCCACGCACGGAAGGUGGUUUGGGGGUUCGAUCAUUCUCUACAAUGAACAAGAGCUACUUAAUGAAAAUGGCGUGGCGCAUGGUACAAGGGAAAGAGUUUGCUUUCGCUUUACUGAGCAAUCGUUAUCUCACUACGUUUGGGUAUGCGAAGCAUAAUAUUGCCUCUUCUCCUUUCUGGACGGGCACUCGAGAACAUGUGAAUCAUCUUGUUGAGAAUUCUUACUCUUAUGUGGGCAAGGGGUCGACUACCUACUUUUGGAAAGAUGAUUGGUUGGGUUAUAAGCUCGUUGAUAAGCUGAGUAUCCCUGUUUUUAUGCAUGUCUUCCUCAAUCAGGCGAUUGAUGACUAUUUUUUUGACGGGGUUUGGCAUUUCACGGAGGACUUUAUUAUUCAUUGUUCGGAUAUUAUUGUGGAUAUUCUGCUCCUCCCCUUCGGUGAGGAAGAAGAUCAACGUUUCUGGAAACUAUCGCUCUCUGGUGAGGUUUCGGCUGCUUUGGCGUUUGCGGCCAAUAGUCAUUGUUUUCCCAAAGUGUGCUGGGGCCGUUGGAUUUGGGAAAAGUUUAUCCCGGAGCGUAGAUCUCUGCUUACUUGGAGAAUUAUUCAUAGGCGCUUAACUACACAAGAUCUUCUGAUUCGUCAUGGCAUGAUGAUGGGACCGAAUAGAUGUGCUCUCUGUGGUACGGAAGAAGAAUCUUUAAGCCAUUUGUUUUGGAACUGUUCGGCGGUAAAACCGGUUUGGCGCGAGUUCUUGGAGUGGUUUCAGAAGACCGAGUAUAUGCAUCAUGUGGACAUUCAUGAUUUCCUGGUCACUGCAUGGAAUGCUCAAUUCAGCCCGUUGGUUAAUUCGUUCUGGAAAGCGGGGGUCAACAAUAUUUUAUGGAAGAUUUGGGAUUGUCGUAAUCAAGUUACUUUUGAAGAUAAAAACUUCUCGCCACGGGAUGUCAGUCGAUUUAUUAAGGUGGCUUUCAAAGAAAUUGAUGCUCAUUUUUCUAAAAUUGGUACCUCCAAUAAUUCUUGGUCGGAUUAUUUAAUCUUACGAAGUAUUGGGGUGGCCACUCGUGCUGCUCCUCCACCGGUUAUGAUUGAAGUCCAUUGGUGGCCUCCGGUGGGACAAUGGAUGAAAGUUAAUACAGAUGGUUCUGCGAUGGGUGCUCCGGGAAGCAUUGCAGCUGGUGGUGUUUUCAGGGAUCAUUGGGGCUGGGUCCGGGGCUGUUAUCACUUUAAAGGUGGAACGGGUUUUGCCUUUGAAGCGGAACUUCUUGCCGUGAUUUAUGCUAUUACAAUUGCGCAUCAAAGAGGUUGGCUAAUGUUGUGGAUUGAAGGGGACUCUGCUUAUAUUGUUCGUCUGUUGGAGUCUAGGUCGCUAGACGUUCCUGGGUGUUCCAUGGCAGCUUGGAAGAAGGCCCUUCGGCUUUUGGAGGAGUUCUCAGUGCAGGUGUCGCAUAUUUUUCGCGAAGGAAAUUGUGUAGCUGAUCUGAUGGCUAAUCCGGCUAUGCCAGAAGGCUGGUGGCCUUAUGCUCGGGACGAAAUCAAACAUGCCGUGGUCAAAGACAUGGCGACCCACAGUCAUGGGCUUGAUCCUCAAGGUGUUGACACAGCUCAUGGUCAGCGCUUGUUGUGGCUUGAUGACUGCUCCUUGGCAUUUGGUGGUGAUCUGGGGAUGGUCGAGAGUUCGGCCUCUCAUUGCGGGUUUUCUUCAUACAAUUGCUCAAGUGGUGAUAUGAGUCUCAUCCAAGAUGGUGAUGCCAUUGGUCGAGCUAAAUCUACUCAGCAGCAAAAGAGUAAAGUGGUGCUUGAUAAGCCAGCUCAGCUUGGAAAAGAUAUCACAACUAAAUAUGCAGAUGCCAAUGUAACAAUAAAGAAAGCAAUCAAUGAAGAUAUCAUUAUGGGGAUGAUUUGCUUGCACUAUUUUCAUGUCUUUUCAAUCAUGAUAUCAGAGCAGGUGCAGAAAACAGAUUCUCCACCAAAGCUGCUCCACUCAACAUUGAUGGUUCUCUAUUUUUCAUCAACUACCCAAAUCAAAUUGGAGGCCAAAGAGGUGGUCGCUCAAGUGCCCCUAACAAUAGAGGCUGAGGUGGAUAUACCUUCAACAGAGGAAGAGGUAGAGGUGCACCCAAUCGAGGAUGUUACAAUGGAGGGUUCAUCUAAGCUGCAAAUGGGAAAUGGCCAAGGUGUUGAUAUUGCUCAUAUAGGUAAAGGACUUCUCAAUUCUCCUACUCACUCCAUAACUGUUACUCUCAGUAAUCUGCUACAUGUCCUACACAUUACCAAGAACUUACUCAGUGCGUCACAGUUUGCUAGGGAUAGUAAAGUCUACUUUGAAUUUCAUCCUGAUUUCUAUUUAGUUAAGGACCAGGUAACCAGGGCUACACUCAUCCAGGGUACUCUUAAAGGUAGUCUAUAUCAGUUUGUCCUUCACAACACCAAUGUUAGGUCCUGA